AUUAAGCGACAAUAUGAAAUGAACAUUAAAAUGAAAAAUUAAGCCAUACUUCUUAUUUUAAAUGCUCAGAUGUGAUUCGAAAAACAAUUUAAACCGAAUUGACAGUGUGAUAAAGUGCAUGUUUUCUAACAUGCUCCUUCAACCUACAAAAUAAAAGCGUCCGGAAGUUAUUCAACGAUCGUAACAUGGCUUCUUGUAGUCGUCUCUGAUGCUCAAUGAUGCCAAAACUCUUCGAUAUAAAGUUUCCCAGCGAAUCUAAGAGUCUUCCUGAAGGCUUCUGGUCAGCAGUGGACGUGUGGAUAAAGAAACCUCAUGUUGUCAAUAAGCGUCUUUGCGGAGUUACAGAGACAGAGAGCAGAGAUGUUGACAGAAAGGAGCUGAGACUUAUCCUGGAUGAUCCUGAACACUUUCAAGCUGUGUUAUUUUUCCUGACUAGCGAGGUUUCACCUGCACAGACACACGUACAGGACAAACCGUGGUCCUCCAGUGUCAGAACAUUUAUCCCUAAAGUUAACUGUUAUGGGACAAACCUGCAGAAAGAAAUUAUUUUGAAAGACUAUGCCGGACAACAAGUGACCUUUAUUCCAUUUGAAGAGGAUGAAAAAGGGAAGGUGUGUCUAAAGAAUGGCAACAUUUAUCAGAUUCAGCUUUGCAAUCAGGAUUGUGAGGAAUGGGUUUUGGAGCUGCAUGUGUUGACGUCUGACGCGUGGUUCUCUGAUGGCGUCGCCUACGCCAAGCUGCCGUGGCUGUCCUCUGACCUGCUGCCUAAACUGGUGCGCUGGGCCACGGAGAGCAAGAGCAGUGAGUUCAGGAGCACCUUAUCUCUGCUGCCUGUGGAGAAGUACAGCGUUAUGUACCAGCGGCUGAAGGAGAAGUACAAGGCCAUGGUGAAGGUUUGGCCUGAGGUUACAGAUCCUGAGAAGUUUGUGUAUGAGGAUGUUGCUAUUGCUACAUAUCUCCUGGUGCUGUGGGCUGAGGAGAGAUCAGAGAAGAAUCUGACUGCCAGACAGUCCUUUGUAGACCUCGGCUGUGGAAAUGGCCUCCUGGUUCACAUACUGAUAAAUGAAGGGCACCCUGGAAAGGGCAUUGAUGUACGGAGGAGAAAGAUCUGGGACAUGUACGGCUCCCAGACUCUGCUAGAGGAAAAGGCAAUUACUCCCAGUGAGAGCUUCUUAUUCCCGGGUACAGACUGGCUGAUUGGGAACCACUCGGACGAGCUCACACCAUGGAUCCCUGUUAUAGCAGCCAGGUCAUCUUACUCCUGUCGCUACUUUGUCCUGCCUUGCUGUUUCUUCGACUUCUAUGGAAAAUACCAGAGACGCCAGUGUAAAAAGUCUCAGUACAAGGAAUACGUCGACUUCAUCGCUGAAGUCAGCCAAGUCUGUGGCUUCAACACUGAAGAAGACUGCUUGAGAAUACCGUCCACCAAACGGGUGUGUCUGGUAGGAAAGUCGAGAAACUACGAGCUAUCUGACGAGGCUGAGUCAGAGCAACGAAGAGCUAACCUCAUCCAGAGCCGCCAGAUUUGUCCUCGGGUCACAGGUGAAAGGUCAGACGUUGGGAAGGAGGGCGGUGGUUGCCAUGGAAAUGCAGAGGGUGACGGCACCUGGGGAGCCGGCUUUCAGCCCCGAGAGAAGAUUCCUAUGGUUCGAAACUGCGCUGCUCUUUCGCGGGACUUUGUUGACAGUGUGGUCCUGCGGGUUGCUAAUGCUCUUCUGGGAAUGACUGUGGAUGACGGCGAAGGGCCCUGCAGUGACUGGAACAAAGGAGGCAGCCUUUCUGUCGGUGAGAUUGCUGGACGCUUGGAGCAGGAGACCCUGCAGCUCCUGAAGAGGGAGUGUGGAGGCCUUCAGACCCUUCUGAAGAACAACCACCAAGUCUUUAGAGUAGAAGGAGGGAGAGUCUUUAUAAAGGACUGGCGGGACGAGAAGUCUGCCAGAGUGAAUACCAAACGGAAACCUGUGGCUCCCGGUGCUCUGAAAACUCGUCUCUGCUGGUUUCAUUUGCACCAUCCUCAGGGCUGCCCCCUCCAGGCCGGAAACUGUGCCUUCGCUCAUGGACCCGAUGACCUUCGACCUUCAACCAGACCUCCAAAGAAGCUAAAGAACACUGUCCUUUGAUUAGAUCAUUUAUUUGAAUUCAUAUUGUUUUAUUAAUCUCCUAGAUUUUUACUUUUUUUGAUUAAUGAGCUCUGUCCACCUGCGGUUGAAACUGUCCUGAACAACAUCCAGCCCCGCACACUCAGAGAGGAAGAAGUCCAGGCCCAAGCGGCGUUUUAUUGGAGCAACAUUACAUCAUUUCUGGGAGCUGAGGUCAUGAAAUUUCACAGUUUCUUCUGUGUGAAUAAAUACACUCUGGUGGAGCUCACUUUGUUUUUUUUUUCUCUGUUUUUUAAAAGUUUGCUUUUAUGAAGUUCAGAAGUUGUUUUCUAUGGAGUCACAGGAGUGCCAAAUCAAAAUAUAAAUAAAUAAAUAAAUGUGGAAAUAUAAAGAGAAAUAAAUAAUUAAAUAAAUAAAUGUGGAAAUAUAAAGAAAAAUAAAUAAAUAAAUGUGGAAAUAUAAAGAGAAAUAAAUAAAUAAAUAUGGAAAUAUAAAGAGAAAUAAAUAAGAGGAAAAAAUGUAAAAGCAAAGACAAAAUUUUCCUUAUUUAUUUAUUUAUUUCUCUUUAUAUUUCCACAUUUAUUUAUUUAUUUAUUUAUUUAUUUCUCUUUAUAUUUCCACAUUUAUUUAUUUAUUUAUAUUUUGAUUUGGCACUCCUGUGACUCCAUAGUUUCCAGGUGAAUUAAGAGGAUUUAAAGUUGCAUCUUUGUACAUAUUGUCAACUUUUUCCUUCACUCCAUAAAAACCUUAAAAGCUUCUGUGUGCUGGCAGUAUUUACCUUGUAUUUCACUUAGACAUUACAUUCACCUCAGACGAGUGCUCCAAGGUUCACAGACGGGGCGGCAGAUAAAGGCCGGACACCGUUUGAACAAAGUAAAUGCUAGCGGUAUGAAUUAUUUGUUGACAGGAAUGGAGAGGUGAGCCGCAUGUCGUCCCCUCUAGAAGGGCCAUGAUAGCUACACUUUCUCUCUAACCCUGUGGAUCAAAUGUCAAAGACUGUAAAGCCUUUCUAGAGGGGCAAUGAGAAGAGCCUCCUCUUGGAGAUACAGUAAUCACACCAUUGAUAUAAUAAACACAGAGUUUUUAACUUUUCUAAACUGUUGGCAUGAUUUCAUCAAAUCUAUCUCAGUUUUGACAUUAAAUGAUAUCUCAGCUGUUUCUGGCAUUUGAAGCCAUUUGUAAAGUGACUGCUGAACCUUAAAUACUAAUUUUAGGCAGAUUAUUUUUUAAAAAAAAAUGUCAGCUCUGGUUGUAUCUUACACUGCAAAACUCAAAAUCUUACCAAGUCUAUUUGUCUUGUUUUUAGUCAAAAUGUCUCAUCCCAUUUGAUUUAAGAUAAAUUCACUUAAGAAGUGACAUUUCAGCAAGAUGGAGUGACUUGUUUUAAGACAAUGUAUCUUAAAUAUCUUGUAAAGUCAAAUAAUUUUGAAAUUAUCUUGUUUUAACUCUUGCCAUCCCGUGGGUCAAAUUGACCUGUUUCAAAGUUUAAAAAUAUGGAAAGAUUAUAUAUAUUUUCACAGUGAAAACUUCCACAUUUUCACAUUUUUUGGGGAAAUUUUUGAAUAUUUUUUGAUGGAUAAAAAGAAAUGCUUAAAAAAUGUUUCUUUGAGAACAAUCAGGUAAAAAGUCAACCAAAAUCCAGCGAAUUCCGCUGGAUUUUGGUUGAUUUAUACACAAAUGUUCUUAAAGAAAAUAUUAGAUCACUUUAGAUGUUUUUAGGAUUUUUUUUGGAAGAUUUUUAUUCAUUUUUUUAAAAUAUUCCAAAAAAAAUAGAUUUUUUUAUAUUUUGAAUUUUUAUUUCUUGUCAAUUUUUUUUUGUUUAAAUAAAAUCUUUAAGGGAAUCUUAAGGAAUUUUCUUCCAGAAGAUUUUGCAAUUUUUUUUUAGAAAUUUGGGGAUUUUUUUACAGAAUUUUUGGAUUUUUUUAAAGACAAGGCAACAAUAUGUUUUGGUGACAACAGGAGAGUUAAGACAUCCAAGCUUGACAAUCCUGGUAAAAUAUAGCUUAAAAUAAGUUUUUCCGGCUAAUUUAAAGAUGUGAAUAUUCUAAAUAUCGAAUCUUAUUUCAAGAAAUCUUACCAAGCCAUUUUUCACUGUUCUAUUGGCAGAUUUUUUCACUGAUUUCAAGGUAGACGUUCUUUGAAAUAAGUUUUUUUUUCUUGUUUUGAGAAGGGCAUUUUUUCCAGUGUACGGAUGUCCAUUUGUGCCAGGACAAAUAAUAAGAUGCUGAACUGCUGCUACUCUCAUCUGAAUAUGACUUACCUCAUAGUUGAACUUGAACCAUUAAGACACAUAAAGUACGACGAAAACAAUUCACUACCAUUUGUCAACACAAAUGUCUAGCAGCUGAAUUAAGAUAUUCAGGAAAAACAUGAUGCUAAAACUAAAUGAAAAUGUAUCUUUUCACACUAAAAAAUAUCAGACACUUUCACUUUCUUCUUCUUCUUCUGCUUCUCCUUCUCCUUCGUGUCUGGUGCACUUCCGUUGUGGAUUGAAUUUGCAGCGUUUUUCUCUUGCGGUUGUUCUGGGGGUUUGUGUGUGUUUUUAUAUAUUUGCAGCAUUUUUCAUUUGCAUCUGUUUUGUGAUUUUGCAAGUCUGCUUCUGCGUCGUUUCUGUGAUUGCAUGUUUCUCUUGCAGCUUUUUUUUCUUGCAUGUGUUUCAUGUGUUUGUGAGUUUUUGGUUUUGGAUCAUUUCUGUGUUUGCAGCGCUUUUGCGGUUUGCAGCGUGUUUGCCCCUGUCGGCCACCGUACAAAAACCUAUUGGGUUUCAGGUAAACAAAAUUUUAUUGCAAUUGCCUGUAUCUGUACCGAAAAAAAAGAGUUACAUUUCUGACAACCAGCACAAAUAAAUUCUAAUUCUCA